CCCAUUUCAUAUUUAUAAUUUGUUUACAAUUUUGUUUAAUGAAAAAAAAUAUAAAUACAAUCUUCCAAAUGGAUGAUUUCGAAUGGACUGUUGUUUAUGAAGGGCAGUUAUUGGAUGCAAUGGUUGGACACAAGCCCGUUGGAAUAAAUAAGUACUUUCAGAUGGCAUUUAUAUGUGAUAAGUUUAUGGAUAAUAUACACAAAGACAUAGAUUCAGAGAGGGUUUGGACCCAUUUGGAAACUAUGUAUAAUCUUGAAGCGUUAGAUGAAUGUGAAUCUAUUCCUUUUCCCAACUCUGAAAAAGAGUUUAAUCUGCCAGAAUCUGAAUUUGGUAGCUGGAUAACAAAGAAAGAUGAAGAAAAGAAGUUGCAGCCAGGAAAAACUUCCAGUGAAUCUCCAGUUAAACAGGUAAAAGAAAUAAAAAAGGAAGAAAAGACUCCAAUCAAGAAUCAAAAAGAACGGCGAGAUAGCAAAGAAGGUAAAGACAAUAAUAAAACCCCCAUUGCCAAAAAAGAAAUAAAAAAGGAAUCUGAAAAGGUAGUAAAACAAAUUGUGAAAGGUAGAAAUUCAACAUCUUCUAAUAGUGAGAGCAAAAGUGGCAAAACAAAGUCUGAAGACACACCUAAACCUGCCAAAAGACCCACCAGGGGCAGCUUGAAACCCAACGAUGAUUCCGGUUCCAGUGGAAAGUCUAGCCCUAUCACUGUCACUCCAACUGCUAAAAGAGUCAGGCGUAUUUAAAGACCAGUGAAUAUCAUUAUCAAUAUAUUAAAGUUACCUUAGAUACCUAGUUGAAACCAAAAUGGAAGACAGGGUAUAGAAUGAAAAGUAUAUUCGGAAAAAUUUUAACACUUCUAGGUAUAUAGCAAACACACACAGUUAUUGAUCUCUCUGAAAUCAAAAUCAAUAUUUAGGUCCAAUUUUAACUUUCAAAAUUUUUUGCUGUAAUUCGAAC